AACAAGUUCAUUGUAAACGUAAACGUUGUAUUGUAGAGAGUUAAAAAUCUACCAGAUACGGAAAAAAAUAAACCAAAAGGCAAAAAAUAUAUCUAUUAACAUCAAAAUAAUAAAAAAAAAAAAAACGUAUUUGUUGUGCCACCAAAUCACCAGAAACAAGAUUGUUGUUAGUAAAAGUAUUAUUUUGCAAUUUAAAAACAAAAGAAUAAUAAAAAGGAAUUUUAUUCACUUGUUAUCCCUUUAAUGGUUAUGAGUUCCUAGUAUCAAAUUACUUCUAAAGUAUUUCUGUUAAUUUUAAAAGAAAAAUAGUUCAAAUUUGUAUAUAAAAAUGAAAUAUUUUGGCGGAAUUGAGGGUGGUGCUACACAUUCGCGUUUAAUCAUCUGUUCGGAGGAUGGUGAGUGUGUUGUUACAACAACUGGACUGGGUACCAACCACUGGAUGGUUGGCAUUGCCGAAUGUGCCCGACGUAUUGCCGAUAUGAUUGAGCGUGCGAAAACCGAUGCAAAUAUACCGCAAGAGACACGUUUAACAAGUUUGGGCUUAAGUUUAAGCGGCUGUGAACAGGAAGCCACCAACUAUGAAUUGGAAAUGGAAUUACGCACUUCUUUCCCCGAUAUAGCCGAUCAUUAUUAUGUCUGCAGCGAUACUAUGGGCAGUAUUUUUACUGCUUCUCCCAGUGGUGGUAUGGUACUGAUAUCGGGUACCGGCUCAAAUGCCUUAUUGAAAAAUCCCGAUGGAACUUCAUUUAGCUGCGGUGGUUGGGGUCAUUUCUUGGGAGAUGAGGGUAGUGCCUGGUAUAUUUCCCAUCGUGCCAUGAAGCUGGUCUUCGAUGACAUGGAUAAUUUCUCCAAAGCGCCAUUUCCCGUCGAAACUGUUUGGAAACUUAUACAGGAACACUUCAAUAUACAAACACGCCUCGAUUUGCUGCCACACUGUUAUGCCAAAUUCGAUAAACCCUUCUAUGCCAGUCUAUGCAAGAAACUCUCUCAUGCCGCCGAACAAGGUGAUGAACUAUCGAAAUUUCUCUUUCGUGAGGCGGGUGCUCAUAUAGCCACUCAUAUCAAUUCGCUAGCACCAAAAGUUCACAAUGAUUUAGUUAGAGAGGGAGAUUUAAAUGUGGUCUGUGUUGGUUCGGUAUGGUUGAGUUGGCCUCUCCUUAAAGACGGUUUUAUACAGGAGUUGAAAAAGGCUCAUAUACCAUUUGGUCUUAAGCUAAUACGUAUUACGAAAUGUAUGGCUUACGGUGCCUGUUAUUUGGGAGCCGAUAGUAUUAAAUUUCCUUUACCACGUAAUUAUUUAAAUAAUUACAAAGUAAUGUAUCACUAUGGACAAGGUCACACAAAUGGUAAUGUGACUAUGAAUGGUAAUCACUCAAACUCUAAUGAAUAACACUGGUUUAUAGAAGAACAAAUUAAGAAGCUACAAAACGUUCCAUUUUAAUAUAUUUAAAGCCAACAUUCGAAGAAGAACAUUUAAUGUUUUUGUCCUGUAAUCGAAAUCUUCCAUUUAUAUAAAUCCUUUACUCUUUUUUUGCUUUUUUUAUUGGUAGUUUAUAUUAGUUAAACAAAAAUUGUAAACAUUUGUAUUGGAAAUAUUUAUAGACUUGUAUUUUUUAACAAAAUAUAUACUACUUAUAGAUUAUUAAAAUAACAACAGAACAACAAAACCCCCUUAAA